ACAAGGAAAAUUUCAGUAGUUGAUUAAUAUCGAUCAAUCAACAUGUUGAAGUUAGUCGUUUUGUUAAGCGCUGUUGCCUGUGUUUUGGGUGCUGCUGUGCCUGAGGGUAUGCUCCCCCAAUUGGAUGGACGCAUUGUGGGCGGUGCUGCUACCACCAUUUCGUCCUUCCCCUGGCAAAUUUCUCUCCAACGUUCAGGUUCUCACUCUUGUGGUGGCUCCAUCUACAGCUCCAAGAUCAUUGUUACUGCUGCCCAUUGCUUGCAAUCCGUAUCUGCCUCUAUCUUGAAAGUACGUGCUGGCUCUUCCUACUGGAAUUCCGGUGGUGUUUUGGUCAGUGUUGCUGCUUUCAAGAAUCAUGAAGGUUACAACUCUAGGACCAUGGUUAACGAUAUUGCCGUCAUCCGUUUGAGCUCUUCCUUGACUACAUCCUCCACCAUUAAGACUAUCGGUUUGGCUUCCUCAGCUCCCGCUAACGGUGCUGCUGCUACCGUGUCUGGUUGGGGUACUACCUCUUCGGGUGGUAGCAUUCCUACUCAAUUGAGAUACGUUGACGUUAAGAUUGUUGGCCGCACUCAAUGUGCUUCUUCCACCUAUGGUUAUGGCUCUGAAAUCAAGGCUAGCAUGAUUUGUGCCUACACUGUCGGCAAGGACUCUUGCCAAGGUGAUUCUGGUGGCCCAUUGGUCUCCGGUGGUGUCUUGGCUGGUGUUGUCUCCUGGGGCUAUGGUUGCGCCGCUGUCAACUACCCUGGUGUCUAUGCUGAUGUUGCUGCUCUCCGUUCCUGGGUUAUCAGUGCUGCUAACUCCGUUUAAAUUCAAAUUGAAUAAAAUGUUGAUAGAAUAUUAAAAUUAUGUUGUAGUUGGGAUUAAUGAACAAAAUUUUAGAAAUUGAAAAAGUAUACUUUCGAGAAAUCAGCUAAAAUCGACUGUAGAACCUUCUAUGAAAAAAUAAUAUAUUAUACGAAAAACAUAAAAUCGGCUGAAGAUCCUUAAAUAUUGCUUCAAUCGACAAAACAAAGAAAAUCUGCGAUCAUUCAUAUUUUCUUUGAAAAAUCUAUUUUUAUUUAAAAAACCUCAAAUCGGCACGCUCCCAUCGAUAAAAUAAAGAAAAUUUGUGAUCACUAA